AUGCGCACUCGGCUUGCCCGUGUGCUCAGAGGCCGCCGCCAUGUAAGUGCAUCCACUCGCCGUUCUGGGGCCCUGCUAACUGCUACCAGGUCGUACAUCGACAAGCUGUCCAUCCUGGGCGUCCGCUCAUUCGAUAACCGAGUCAGCGAGACGAUCCAGUUCUACAGCCCGCUUACGCUCAUUGUCGGCUUCAACGGCUCCGGUAAAACGACUAUCAUCGAAUGUCUCAAGUAUGCCACGACCGGAGAGCUGCCGCCCAAUUCCGAUCGCGGCAGGUCGUUCAUUCAUGAUCCCAACCUAUGCGGCGAGAAGGAGGUCUUGGCCCAGGUCAAGAUGUCUUUCAAAUCUACGUCCGGCGUCAAAAUGGUUUCCACCCGCAGUCUGCAGAUGACAGUGAAGAAAAGUGGAAGUCGCUUUAACCGCACGGUCAAGGCGCUCGAGGGCCAACUACUCAUGGUCAAGGAUGGCGAACGCACUGCCAUCUCCUCACGCGUUGCGGAGCUAAACCAGAUCAUGCCUCAGUACCUCGGCAUAUCGUCUGCAAUUCUCGAGUAUGUCAUCUUCUGCCACCAGGAAGACAGCAUGUGGCCCAUGAGCGAACCAUCCGUGCUCAAGAAGCGUUUCGACGAAAUAUUCGAGGCACUCAAGUACACCAAGGCUAUUGACAACAUCAAAAUUCUGCAGAAGCGCUACAAGGAGGAGCUAGGGCGGCUCAAGAUCAUCGAGCAGCAUUCUAAAGAAGACAAAGACAGAGGCGAGCGAGCCGAGCAGCGAAUGAAUGAGCUAUACAACGAUAUCGACAAGCUCCGCGCAAAGACCGACGAGCUCGAAGAACGUUGCAAGGAGGCUGCCGACCGCUCCCGUGAGGCCUGGGAUCACGCCGCUAAAUUCCAGAACAUCGUGUCCAAGCUAGAGGGGAAGCGCGUUGAGGCAGCGGCCACAGAGACAAACGUCAAAGAGCUGCAAGAUCAUAUUGAGGAGAUGACUGACACAGACCAAGAACUGCAGGAGCAUCUCGACAAGUAUGAAGAACGAGUGCAGCUGUAUGAGCAGGACCGUGAGGAAAAGGUGAAACGCUACAAUGAGAUUGCUCAAGCGAUCAAAGAUAAUCGUAGCUCCAUCGGGGCCAAACAGACCGAGAUUGGCAAACACGAAGCCAAUAAAGCCACCUACGAUCGCCACACUAAGACGAGGGAGACCCUCAUUAAAGAAGCUGCGAAUCGCCAUGGCAUCCGUGGCUUCGAUUUGGAGAUCAAUGAUGAACAAGUGCAGGACUUCAUGGAUCGAAUCAGCCGGCUGGCCAAAGAACAGCAGGGUGCAUUGGAGCGCGCACGGAAACAGAAACAUCAGGAGCUCCAAGCUGCCAACGAUGAAUUGCGUCGAGUCAACAACCGGAAAGCCGCGCUGGAGACAAACAAGAACAAUCACAAGACCCAGAUUGCAAUCAACGAACGGAAGCUAUCUGAACUGCAAGAGGAGAUCAAUAAGAUAGAUGUUGAUGAAGGAAGCAAGGCGACACUCGAAUUGUCACUGGAAGACAUCACAAGGCGUCUGAACAAGGCCAAAGAGGACAGUGUUGCGGGCAAAUGGGAUGAGAAACUCCGUGACGCGAACGGGAAAAUGCGCGAUAUCGACGACCAGAAGGAAAAGCUCGAUGCCGAGAUGGUUGAUGCCAUGCGCCGUGCUGGAGAUUCGGCACAGUUGGACUACGUUCGCAAGCAGUUGAAAGAAAAGCAGACAAGUCUGGCAACCAACACGGGCGUGCAUCGUCAGCAGAUUUCGAAGAUCAUUGGAGAGACUUGGGAGCCAAGCACGCUUGAGGCGAACUUCAGCAAAACCUUGCACCAGAGGUCCGAGGAGGUUCGAGAGGCGGAGCUGCAACGGAACGGCACAACUCGGGAGCUGGAACAGGUCCAAUUCAAAUUGACGACUGCCAAGAAUGAGCUCAGCAAGAAACGUGUGGAGCUCAAACAAUGUGAGGAGCGGGUCAGCGCCGAGCUGUCGGAAGGCGAGUCACUAGAAGACUUCCCAGAGGCUCUGGCAACUGCUACACAAAGCUUUGAAGUAGCGCGAAGUGACGCAACCAGCUUUGGUCACAUGGGAAAAUUCUACGAGAGCUGCAAGAACACGUUCGAGGAGCACAACAUGUGCCAGCUCUGCUAUCGCCCUUUCAGAAAGGAUGAUGAGAAGGCCAAAUUUCGGAGAAGGCUAGAUGCCAAAAUUCAAGAAGCCAUCAACCAGAACUAUCAGGAGACACUACAGGAAUAUCAAACGGAUCUAGAAAAGCUACGCGCGGCGCAACCCUUUUAUGACACCUGGAAACGCCUAGGGAAAACCGAGAUCCCUGAACUGGAGACCUCCUGUCGUGGGCUUGAAUCGCGGCGUGAUGACCUCUUGAGAGUCAUUGAAGAUCAAGAUCAACGCGUCAACGAGCGCCAGGAGGCGAAAAGAGAUGCCGAUUUCCUAUCCGGUGAUAUCAAUUCCAUCAUCCAGGAUCACAAGGCCAUAUGUGCUUUCGAGGAAGAGAUCAAGGAGCUGUCGGCGAAGCAGGAGCAAGCAGGCGCUUCUAGGGGCGUCGAGAAAAUCCAGGAUGACCUCAAAGAGAUCAACGACCGGUCGAAGAACGUCAAGGUUACUUUGGCGCAGCUCACAGCAGAGAAGGAGCGAUCUCGUGAGCAGAUUAAUCGUCUUGAGCUCGAGUCGAAGGAUAUCAGCGGCAAGGUUACGAGCGCUGGGUACGCUCUCCGGGAGAAAAACAGCCUACUCUCUCAAGUCCAAGAUCUGCGAUCCCAGAACGGCAGCCACCGGGAGUCGAUGCGCCAGACCGAUCAAGACCUCCAAGAGCUGAUUCCUGAGGUGGAGCAAGCCCAAGCCAAGUACAACGCAAUUGAACAGCGAGGCGCACAGAAGGAAGAAGAACUUCAGUCAACGCACCAGAAGAUCAGCGACAGUCUUCGUAACUUAAGGCAAGCCAACGAAGAGAUCGUAGCCUACCUCGAGAGUGGGGGUCCUGGGCUACUAACGAAAGCUCGCCGCGAAUUCGACAGCCUGCAGGAGGCAGGCCGGCAGCUAGAGGAUGAACAGAGACAGAUCACGGCUGAGGUCAAGAAAAUCGACGACCAGCUCCGCAACCACACCGAGACCAAACGCGCAAUCAACGACAAUUUGAGAUACAGAUCUGGGCUCAAGAAACUCGAACAAGUUCGAAAGGAAGUUGAAGAACUUGAGGCCAAUAACGCAGAGGUCGAUAAGGACCGCUACGAACGAGAGGCUGGCAAAUGGCAGCAAGAGCGGAAUAGACUGAGUGCCGAGCAGGCCAGCAUCGUCGGCGAGAUCAGGUCCAAGGAUGACCAGCUCAAGCAACUGCUUGAUGAGUGGGACACUGAUUAUAAGGAUGCCGCGAAGAAUUACAAGGAAGCGCACAUCAAGGUUGAGACGACCAAAGCGGCCGUCGAGGAUCUAAGCAGGUAUGGCGGGGCCCUUGACAAGGCAGUUGUCAAGUACCACAGUCUGAAGCUCGAAGAGAUCAACCGUAUCAUCGAGGAGUUGUGGAAGAAGACUUACCAAGGUACCGACGUGGACACGAUCAUGAUUCGAUCGGAGAACGAGACGACAAGCAAGCAGCGCAGCUACAAUUACCGUGUGGUCAUGGUCAAGCAGGACGCCGAAUUGGACAUGCGCGGCCGUUGCAGUGCCGGCCAAAAGGUACUCGCUAGCAUCAUCAUUCGUCUGGCUUUGGCCGAGUGCUUCGGAGUCAACUGCGGGCUCAUUGCACUGGACGAACCCACGACGAAUCUGGAUCGAGACAACAUCCGGGCUCUUGCCGAGUCACUUGCUGAGAUCAUUCGGGUCCGACGACAGCAGAGUAACUUCCAACUCAUCGUCAUCACCCACGAUGAAGAGUUCUUGCGGUACAUGCAAUGUGCGGACUUUAGUGAUUAUUACUACCGCGUUUCCCGUAAUGAAAAACAGAAGAGCACGAUCGAGAAGCAGUCGAUCGCCGAGGUGCUGUAG